AUGUCCCUCCGCACCCUCCUCCUCGCCGCAUCAACCCUCUCCGCCACCGCAGCAGCAGGAAAACACCGCCUGCACGCGCGCGACUGGAUCGCCAGCGACGAAAUCGUCGGCUUCAACCAGACCGUCCCGGACAACUCCACCGGCGACCUCUACCUCGCCUACCAGCCCUACCUGAAGGUCGUGAACGGAUGUGUCCCGUUCCCAGGUGUUGACGCCGAAGGCGAUACCGAUGCCGGCCUCGCCCCCACCGGCGCCAGCGACGGCGACUGCAGCUCGAACACGGGCCAAAUCUACGUGCGCAGCAACAUCACCUCCACCUCCUCCACCUCGACCUACCCGACAGCACUGCUCUACAGCUGGUACAUGCCCAAAGACGAACCCAGCGACGGUCUCGGUCACCGACACGACUGGGAGGGCGUGAUCAUCUACCUGUCUGACGCGACCACCAUCUCCGCGGAUAAUAUCUUGGCUGUGUGUCCGUCUGCGCAUGGCGGGUGGGAUUGCUCCACGGAUGGGUAUACCCUUGAGGGUACGAAGGCGCUGAUCAAGUAUGAGAGUAUCUGGCCGCUGGAUCAUAGUUGUGGGUUGACGGAUGUGGUGGGUGGUACGCAGCCGUUGGUUGCGUGGGAGAGUUUGACUACGGCGGCGAGGGAUGCGUUGCAGACGGCGGACUUUGAUAAGGCUAUUGUGCCGUUUAAGGAUAGUACUUUUGAUGAGAAUCUUGCGAAAGCUACUUACUAG